AAAGAAUUUCUUCGACAAGUUCCAUUUUUUUGAACCUCUUCAUAAAUCAAAAAUCUGGUUUUUAGUACACUGGUUGGACUCUAGCAAACAUACGAACUCGCUGUUCUCGGCUAUUGCUAUAGGUUGCAUUCUUGGCACUGUGCCAAACUCGUUGCUCAUUCAAAAACUCGGAUUACGGUCGGCUGUUGCAGUCAAUGGUCUUCUAACAACGGUUUCGACUUUGUUCUUUCCUUUUGCGGUUAGAUAUGGAUUUACAGCCGUAUUUAUUAUGCGAGUAUUACAAGGUGUAGGCACUGCUCUAUCAUUUCCUAUGACAGGUAUUGCACCAGCGCAAUGGUCGACAUUAAAAGCUACUGGUACAUUCAUAGCCAUCCUAUCAUGUCACGUACAGUUCUGCAACAUACUUACUAUGCCAGUUUCUGGAUUCUUAUGUGAAAGUCGAUUCGGAUGGCCUGCAGUAUUUUACUUACAGGGACUACUCUCAGCAUUGAUAUUUCUCACUUAUCACUUCUUCUAUACAGAUGAUCCAGCAGAUCACAAAAAUGUUGGUCCCAAAGAACUAGCGAAAAUUUCCUAUGGCAAAAGCUAUGAAAAGAAGCAGCGAAUUCCUUAUAGAGCCAUCUUUACUGAUCCAUGUAUACUCGGCGUAUGGUUUUCGGUUAUGGGCGGAAAUCUUGCAUUUCAAAUUUUUUUGAUGUAUGGUCCUACUUACAUUAAUAAGGUGGUUCUUCACUUAGGCAUCGCGUCGACAGGAUUCGCCACCGCAUUGCCUCAUAUUCUCUCAGCUAUAGUAAAAUUUGCAAUAGGUCCAAUUUCGGACAAAGCCACUUGCAUUUCUGGAAAAUGGCGAUUUAUCUUUUUUGCUGCAUUAUCACAAGGAAUGAUGGCCAUAUGUAUAGUUACACUUGCGAAUCUUAGAGAAGCUCGAAUAGCUCAAAGUAUUUACACAGCCGCAAUCGUAUUCAGUGGUAUCAAUGUAGUAGGAAUUAUAAAAUGUGCACAAGUGGUAGCAGGACAAUAUUCACAUUUUGUGAUGUCAGUGAUCUCAUUUUUAACCUCGUUCAACGUUCUUUUGAUACCUGUAGCUAUUAAUUUUGUAUGUCCAGAUAAUACUCCAGAACAGGUAUGCAUAAUCUCCAAUAAAAUUUUAACCUCCAAAAAUAUUUUACCCUUUCAGUGGAGUCGUUUAUUCCUCGGAUUAAGCGUUAUUGUAGUAGCAGUAAACGCUCCAUUUGUAUUUGUUGCAAAGGGUGAAGCCGCAGAAUGGACGGGUCAUAAAGUACAUGCGGCUGCAUUACCAGAGAAGAAAGGUAGCAUAAAGAGUGAAGAUCUCAUGGACAAGUUCUAAUG